ACUUGCAGUUGCUUAAAAUUUGGACUAUUAUGCAUAGGAAGGGUGCUCCUAAAGAACGUGAACUAUUAUGUGGCAGGCUUAUUGAUCGGCCCAUACGGCCACUUUUCCCUGCUGGAUUUUUCCAUGAGGUUCAGGUAUCAGCCAAUGUUCUUUUGUCUGAUGGCAAACAAGAUCCUGAUGUGAUGGAAGCCAAUGCCACGUCGGCUGCUCUUAUGCUUUCAGAUAUUCCUUGGAAUGGUCCCAUUGGUAUGAUUCGAAUGGGGAGGAUUUCCGGGAAAUUAGUCGUGAAUCCAAGCAUGGAUGAGGAGGAUCGGAGGUGUCAGGUGUGUUGUCAACUGGAGGAGGAGGGUCUGCAGGAGACAUCUUGCUAGGAGGGUCUGCAGGAGACAUCUUUUUCAGAGGCUGAUCAUCAGUAGGCUGAGACAUUGCUGGCUGGAUUUGAGAGAACAACUUUGGAGGCUUGCUUAGCACAUUCCCUCCAUGAAUUUUAUUUGAUUCAAAACUUAGGAUUAUAAAAACUAUGAUCAAUAUAGUCUUUCUCAUUUUUUCCAGCUUACAAGCACAAGUAAUCUUUGGACAACACGUACAAUUUAUAGGACAACAUGUUUGCUGUUUCUACACGCCAACUCAUUUAUAUAUAUAUAGUAGUAUUUAAUUUAUUAUA